AAGUUUAGGCGCGUGUUACAGUUAACUACAAACAGUUUACGAGGACACAGCUGGAAGAGAGAACACUGUGUGUGGACUUUUUGCUCCCUGGACUUUGUUUGAUUUGUUCACCUCAUAUAGUAAAUAAUUGAACAGUUCUCUAAUUAAUGAUACCGAGAUGACGAAGGAAGUUAACGGUUCCAAGACAAGUCUUAGUGAAGGAGGCGGUGGUGUCAAAUUAGAAAAGUCUUUGGGCUUAUUCAACGGUGUUGCCAUUAUCGUAGGUGUUAUCGUUGGCAGUGGAAUUUUCAUCUCUCCGAAGGGUGUGUUGCAGGAAGCAGGUUCAGUGGGGUUUUCAAUGAUAAUAUGGGCCCUGUGUGGAAUGAUCUGCCUUGUCGGUGCCAUGUGCUACGCUGAAUUAGGGACAUGUAUUCUGAAGUCUGGUGCCGAUUAUGCGUAUAUCAAGGAAGGCUUUGGAGGUCUCCCGUCGUUCUUGUAUCUAUGGGUAGCCCUGAUUAUUAUAUUUCCAACCGGCAAUGCCAUCACAGCACUGACAUUUUCUAACUACAUUUUACAACCGUUUUUUCCCGAUUGUGAGAUGCCAGAGGUUGCUUUGAGUUUGUUAGCCGCUCUUUGUAUAACGUUAUUAACAGUUAUAAAUUGUGUUAGUGUAAAAUGGGCAACAAAGGUACAAGAUAUAUUUACUAUCAGCAAGGUUAUAUCAUUACUUAUUAUAAUUGUCACUGGUCUCGUCUUCCUGUUCAUGGGAUCAACCGAAAGUUUUCAAGAACCAUUUCAAGGAUCAACAACAGAACCAAGUAAAUUUGCCAUGGCAUUUUAUUCUGGAUUAUUUUCAUAUGCUGGAUGGAAUUAUUUAAAUUUUGUAACAGAAGAAUUAAAAGAUCCCUACAAGAAUUUACCUCGAGCUAUCUGGAUAUCGUUGCCGUUAGUUACAACUAUAUAUAUUCUAGCUAAUAUCGCAUAUCUAGUUAUAUUAUCACCAGCGGAACUUAUAGCAUCUGAUGCCGUAGCUGUGACAUUUUCUAAUCGUACACUAGGUGUCAUGGCAUGGAUUAUGCCGAUAUUUGUUGCCAUGUCAACGUUUGGUAGUUUAAAUGGUUGUAUAUUUACAUCUUCAAGGUUGUUUUUUGUUGGAGCUCGUUAUGGACAUUUACCAAGAUUUUUAGCUACCAUCAACCCUAAAUUAAUGACACCUGUACCAGCUUUAAUAUUUGGUUGUAUAAUGUCACUGAUUAUGUUGUGUUCAAGUGAUAUUUUUGCGUUAAUUAAUUACGCUGCGUUUGUUGAAACGUUAUUUAUUGGUGUAUCUGUAGCGGCCUUACUCAUGUUACGGUAUACACGGCCAGACAUGGAACGACCAAUUAAGGUACAUAUCAUAUUUCCUAUAUUUUUUCUGUUGAUUAUAAUAUUCCUGAUUAUAACACCAUUAACAUCUAGUCCAAUGGAAUGUUUGAUGGGUAUUUUUAUGAUGUGUACUGGUAUACCAGUCUAUGUUAUUGGUGUCAUGUGGACUAAAAAACCUCAAGUCUUUGAAAAUUAUCACAAGAAAUUAUCAUUACUCAUCCAGAAGUGUUUUUAUGUGGUUGCUGAGGAUAUAGAAGAAAUAAAAAUGGACUAAAUUCAAUUAAUUUAUAAGUCCUAAUUAAUCUUUUAAUUAAUUAGAACUUUGCUCAAACCUUGUUAAAUACAUAGAUGAAUUCUGCCAAAUUGCAAAUUGUGUGCCUUUUAUUUUCGUCCUCAGAAAGGAUCAUCUAUUAGAAAAUAUAGAAGAUGAAAAUAGUUUAAAUUAUAUUCAAAAUCUAUAAUUUCAAUAGCAUAGCCCCUUUGAUAUACUUGAAAAGAAAGGGUCAAUGUUAUGUGUUAUUAGUCUACCCUUAGUUAUUUUCCACUUAUUAAAGUGGUUUCAUAAAUUUAAGUCUUUCUCUGGAUCAAAUUAUAUGACUGAGAAUUGUGUUGUCAUUACUUUUUAUGUAUUCAGACCAAGAUUCUUGUAGAAUUGAACAUCUGAAUCCUCAAUGAGCUUUGAAAAUUUUGGACAAAUUUUCAGUAAUGCAUCAAGAACUUCACGGCUACUUAAAUAAUAAUAUAUUAAGUUAUUUCAAAAAGUUAAUACUUUUUAAGGAUUAAGUGUAUUCUUGCAAAUGGCUGUAAGAAGAAUCGGAAGACAUAUUUGUGAAAUUGCUAAAAUAUUUAGACCUGGUAUUUAUAAGAGAAAAUAUUCCAUUUCCUAAUAAUGUAGAUAUUAGUAUAUGCUAUUGAAUCUCAUGUUUGUUUAUUUCCAUUUAAUACAAACUUUAUCAUCGGCUAUUGUAAAUAUACAUUUUUAGUUCAUUAUUAUAUAUAUCCAUGGUUCUUUGGUGCUAAAUUAUCUAUUAAAUCAUUAAAUAUUUUGAAUUAUUAUCUGGUUUCCAUAGAUAUUACAAUUCAAGUGCCUUUUCAAUAUUUUAUUGCAGAAAUAUUUUUUAAAGGAAGGACUACUUUAAUGAAUAAUAGUUCAAGUGCUUAUUGGUGUUUUGAUUAUUUGAUUUAAAUUUAAUAAUAGAAACUGCAGAAAUAUUAAUUUUUAAGGAAACAUUUUUCAUGUUCAAAACAUUCCACUUGUGUGUAAAAAAAAGUCUUGUUAUUAACUGUUGAGAUAAUAAGAUUAAAAUCUGUAAUCAAGUGAGAAAUAAAAAUGAAAAAUACGAGAAGAUAAAAUAUAGCAAGGUGCAGAUAGUACUUCAAUUAUUUUUGGAAUAAUCAUAAAUACUAUUCACAACACAAUAUGCCACCUGAACCUGAAUGGAAGUUUAUUGACCCUAUUUCCUGAAACUGACAAGGCUUUCUGGUGACCUAAUCUUGAAACUGCAUCCCUGGUACAAUGAAUUACUUUCCAAAAUAUAUGAAAUAACAUGAUGCUUGAUAAAGAUGAAAGUACCGUUGUCCAAAAGUUGCAUGUUUAUAAACCAGUAAUUGUUAUUCAAUAAAUAGUUUUUAUUAAUUGAGCAUAUUAACACAAGGUACACUUUUAUGAAUACACAAUUACUGAGUUUAAUACUACAAGAUAUUUUACCAGUUUCACUACUUACCUACCGUAGAACCAUGAUCAUUAACUUGUGGUUAAGGAUUUCCCAAGAGCUUCAAGAUGACACGGGUGCUUCUAAAGGGUUGAAAAUGUCUCAUAGAAGAUUUAAAGUCCAUGAUAUUAACUUUUAGCUUCACUCAAUAUACAUGAUUUAUAUUUGUUAAUUUUAUCUUUUAUAAACAUUAAAUACAGUUGGGUUUUUUUUUGAUUAAGUUGUUAAAUAUUUGUUCAGGAAUUAAGAUUUGUUAUUCGCACAAAGUUUGAAUUUUAUUCAAAUGUCAGAUUUUAUUGAGAAACGAUGCAAUCAAAUUGAUUUAAAGGUUGUUUUAGAAUGAUAUUAUUGUGUUACGGUAAUGAACAGUCACUGAUUAACUGUGUCUUUGUAGAACGAGGCCCCAAGUUCACAAAACCUGUUCAGACUUAAGUUAAGAAUUUAUUCCAAAUUGGUAGAGUUAUUUUAACUAAAAUAUAGCCGUUUAUAAAACUUUUGUUGUUUUAAUGUAUCAAAUACAUUAAUAAGAAACUAUGUGCAAAGUUUUGUGUAUCUGGAUCAAAGAUAUUUCUCAUAAACAAUGAUUGAAAGUUGAGUAAAUUCUUAACUUAAGUUUUAGAAUGUUUUGUGAACUUGGAGCCAGACAGUAAUGUGUUAUAUUAUUGUAUGACUCAAGAAAAGGAUAUAGUUUCCUACUCCAGUCAAUGCAUCUCCUGUGUCACACUCUUUUAAAGUAUUGAUUCGUCAUUUGCAAUUUUCGCUAAAAUAUCAAAUUUCUCCAAGCUUAACCCAGGCUAUUAUAUAUUUAAUAUUUAAUUAAGAAAACAAAAUCAAAAUACCAAUGCUAGAUAAUCUCCCGACUUGAAUUCAAUUGGAUAUAAAUCAGGCCUAUCAAUAAGUCUUUGCUGACAACGACAUUGCGCUGUGCUUAUUACAUAGCGACGGAAAGGAAUUGAACCAUUUUUGGCCUGAUAUUCCUUAUAGAGAUUAACCUAUGGUAGUUUGUAAGUUAUUCCUAUAGUGCUAAAAUGACGUAUCAAGACUUUGAGAGACCAAUAAUUACACCAUUGUUCUGUUAUUAAGUAAUAUGUUAUAAUGGACUUGAAGGAGGGUGGCAUUUUCUUGUUUGGCAUUACUUGCUGGUUUGGCAUUACUUGCUUGAGAUUACUUGUAAAACGCACAAAUUGUUUACAUUUUUUAUCUUUUUGAGGACUAAAGAAUCAAUAACAUAAAUCAAUUGAAAUAAUCAAGUUGUUUUGUUAGAUAUAUAUUGAUAAGAUUAUAUUUAUCAUAUAAAAUUAACAUCUUAAAAAUUGAUUCUGAUGUUAAUUUAAUGAUUGAUCAACCAUAGUAGAGUGUGGUAUGAAAUGUUCCAGAAAAUGUAAACAUAUGGAGCUAAUUAAUUAGAUAAGAAACCAUAAAUAUAUGUAUAUGCCCAUACUGUAUAAUAAUUAUGUUUCUACCGAUGCUAAAAUCACAUUCAUGUAUAUCUAUUUUCUGUUCUUGUUACACGUUAUAUUGUUAUAUAUCUAUGUACUGCCAUUUUUACUUUUAUUUCAAUUCUUUUUUAUCUUUUCGAAUUUUUUUCCCUCAUUUUAAGUAAAGGUCCAUUUCCAUUUAUUGAUCCGAUAAUCCGAAUCAUAAUAUAUAUACAUGAUACAGUUUCCGAAAUGACAUUAUAUUUGGCUAAUGAAAUCCAAAGUGUCCCGGAUACAGUUUCAUCGCUGUCUAUAUGUAUUCAAAUGAAGCGCCCGUAUUGAUGUAUUAUUAAACCAACGUAAAAAAGACAACACUUUACGUAGGUGUAAAAGAACUCCUAAAGAUGCAGUAGGUAAGAGUUAAAUUUGCCUAUUGCAGGUUUUUUAUUUUGGCUUCAAAUGUUAUAUGGAUUAUUAUUCACACGACAAGCCUAUAAUUAACUCUCCUGAACAUCGGAUUGGCGCAGAUGUAAACGGAUUAAAAUACGAUCGCCAUUUAAUGAUAUAAUUUAAAAAUGAAUAAGCUAGUCUCGAUUAACAAGUAACGUUGCUACGAUAAUAAACAAUCUAUGUCAAAACUUCGAACAGUGAUAACGUCUCUCAGAAUAAAGUAAUUUGAAUGAAAUUUUCAAUGUAUUAAUUUUGAAUUAACUAUUUUUGAAUUAUUAUAGCAAGAACGCUCAACUCUAUCUAAAUUUUACAUUAUGUAUCUUUAAUAGUUAUUGGCAUUGGGUGAAUAGCAGGCCUGGACGCAGUUGUCCAGGUAAUCUAACCUUCAUAGCACACUGUAUGGCCUUUGAACAUCCUUAUUAGCCAAGUUGAUGCCAUUUCAUUUCAAGAGGGCAAUUUCUGGGCAUUAAUUACAUUUCAGAUAUUUGUUGGUGAUUAAAUUGGAAAUGGACCUUUUAAAGUUUUGCUUAAGGUUUAAGAAUAUUUUGUGUUGGGUAUGAUGAGCAAGAAGAAACCUGUUUUUGUGGUUAAUCACUGCAUGUAUAUCAUUUUUUGAGUAUGUUUCUGCUGAUAAUAUUGCUGUAAUAUUAAUAAUCACCCUAGGCAUUAAUAUUUAUUUGUGUCCUACACAUAUUUAUUUUCAGCCAUGCAUAAUAAAUAACAUCAAAAAGAUCAGAUUUAUACCAUACAAAUAAAAGUCAUUUUUAAUCUAUAACAUGUGAGAUAAAUUCAUAGGUCUGAGUCCGAGUAUGUGUUUUCACCGGCAAUACUAUAUACCGGAAAACAAACGGAAAAGUACCGGAAAACACCAUGUUAUACUAGAUACCGGAAAACACCAAAAAAACACUAAAUACCAGAACACACCCUAAAUAGGUCUGGUCUUCUGUUUGCUGUAGAGUUAGGGUUAUUGUUAGGGCUAGGGUUAGGUUUUUCCAGUGUUUUCCAGAGGACCAGCGGUGGGUCAGGGUUAGGUUUUUCCGGUGUUUUCCAGAGGACCAGACUCCGAGUUACCUAUUUAGGAUGUUUUCCGGUAUUAAGUGUUUUUCCGGUGUUUUCCGGUAUUCAGUAUAACAUGGUGUUUUCCGGUAGUUUUCCGGUAUAUAGUAUAGCCCUGUUUUCACGGACAACAUUAGGAGGCAAAUAUAACGGAUAAUUGCUGUUCAUAAAUUUUACAUCCCUAGCAAUAAUAGAUGGACCCUUAUGCCUACUACAUUUAUUAAGAUGUUGAUAUGACUAAACUAUAAUUUCUUACAGAAACUUUAAAAAAUUGUAACCAUAGUGAAUAUAUCAACCCUUAAAUGCACAAUAUUCCAACCGGACUAAGAGGCAAAUAUAAUUCGUACGUAUUCAAAGGUAUCAAAACGCAGUGGUCCAUAAAUGAUUAAAUUUUCUAAUUCCGGGGAGGGGAUGGGGGCUGUGAAUGGUUAACGCGAGCGCAUAAGAUAACAAGGUCUGUCAUUGAGUCAAGUGAUGUGGUUUCGAUUCUCCGCUUAUACGUGACAAGGGAGUAAGGUCCUCCCACUGCUACAGACCGCUACGAGCAAGCGAAUUAUUGAAGUUAUAUUGAACAAUAUGCUAGUCCCGAAAUGUUAAAACACCAACCCUCCCUCUCUCUCUCUCUCUCUCUCUCUCUCUCUCUCUCUCUCUCGUGCAGGGGUGACUUUCAUGCAUGAAUUAAGAUAUUAUAUCUUCCAUAAACUUCCCAUUGAAUAGCCUGCAUUAUACACAAAACAAUAUUCGGACAAGCAUAAUACAGCUUUUAUCUAUAUAUGUAUUCAGACAUGAUUUAACAUGAGAUUUCAUCCACUCCGAUAGAUUGUUUAGUGAAUCUCCCACAAAUAAUCUCUCAUCGCACGAGGUUCAUCUGGUUGAGAAUACCAAUUAUAAUGGGAUAUAACCCCUCCUACCCUCUGACUUUACCCUUCACCAAAAUAUAAAUUGAAACACGUCAGAAAUUAUUUAUUGAUGAAUGCCGAUUAUCAUUGUAUUAUUAAUGGCAUAUAUAUCCUGCCCAUUUUGGUCAUAUACAAUUGUUUCAUGUUAUUGUAAUAUGUUUUAGGUUGUUUAUUGUAUAGCUCAUAAUAAAAAAAAAGUAACCGUGUAUCAAUAUUGACUAGCCCCCAGUUAAUAACAAGUGCGAGAAUACUACAAUCAAGAACCGAUCUUAACGUCAUGAGCGCGAUCUUGGAAUUGUGACGGAAUAUCAAUGCAUGUCAAGUUUCAUGUCGAUCUUACUUGAAUUGUAGGCUUUUUGCGAAUAGCAUCGCAAGAAGAACAAAGAUGGGCAAAAUCUAAAAGUUCAGGCCCACUGCAGGUUUCGUCAAAGUCACGAGAUGUAAAUAG